AAGAGAAAACAAGAUGGCGGACUGGAAGCACACAAAUGACAUCUGAAGCUAAUGAUCAAGUCUUCCAUAGCUAGUUCGCUCUCUCUGAUCUGAUGUUGAUGAGCUAAUAUUCAAAGAACCAAGAUGAGUGCAGACUCACAAACGCUCCAAGCAAAGUAUCAGAAACUGGCUGCAGAAUUUGCAAAGCAAAGAGCACAGAACACCGUUCUAAAGAAGGCUGUGAUAGAGGAACAAGAAAAGACAAAGACUCUUCAGGAAACUGUACGGCAGAAGGAUCAAUCUAUUAGGAAAUAUGAACAAGAGAUUGACAGCCUGCAAUUCAGAAACGAUCAGUUGUCAAAGAGAGUGUCAGUCUUACAGGAAGAACUUGAUGAUUAUGAUGGAAAGAACAGGAGAGGAAAGUCAAGAAUUGAUGGGAUGGUAAGGGGAGAUGAUAAUGAUGUGAAAGAUCAGGAACUUCAGAUAAAAAUACAAGAAAAUGAGAGACUUCAGAGAGAGUUAUAUGAAACAACCCAGGAACACAAAGGAACAAUAUUGACCCUUCAGGAGAAGUUGGAAGCUCUAGAAAGGAAUUCCACUGAUCACCAGAAGAUUUUAGAUGAAGCUAAUGGCAAGCAUAAAAUGGUUCUUGAUAAACUUAAUGAGGAGAGAGCCUUGUUAGAGGCUAAACUUCAUAAGACAGAAGAAGAAUUAAAAGUAGCAAGUUUCAAGGCUGAGAAAGGCCACCAACAACUGAAGCUCUUACACAAGGAAAUGACUUCAAGAUAUGAUGAUGUCUCUAAGGUUGUUACAGAAAAACUUCCAUUCAAUGACACAAGCAUCAGAGAAUUGAACAAGCUAAAUGUACCAACACAUGACCGCAAGCACCAGGUGAAAGCAAAGGAAGUUAUUUGCCAAGCAGUUGAGCUGGUUCGUGAGCUUGUGUCAGGGAUGUCUAACUUUCUUACCUACACUGAACAGAAUGCAUGUUAUGUCCCUGGAACUUUGUUGUUGCAUGGUUACUGUCUGUCAGUUUCCUUGCCUCACCUCCUUCCUCCUUCUUUUGGUCUCCUCUCUCUGCUCCUCUUCCCCUCCCCUCCCCUCCCCUCGAUUCCUUUCGUCUCCUCACCUGUGUACUCCCCACAUCUCCCGUCUUUGUUUUCCUCUACAGUGUUAUCAACACAUUUCCAGUCUAAGGUUUCCCUUGAGCACCAGCUGCCAACAGCCACACAGACCUUGAAAAGUACAGAUGAAUGUAUCGUGUCUUCUUUAGUUUCUCUGCUUACCGCCACAGCCAAGAUAGCAAGAUUCAUGAAUAGCAACCUUGAUUUCAUCUCAACCAAGACUGGUGUCCGAACAAGGGGAAUGACAACAGCAGUUGACAGUGAGCUAACGUCUUCACCAGCUGUUGUAGAGUUCAGGCAUCAUGCCGCUGACUACAUUCAAAAGCUGAUCAAGACACAGAUUGCUGUAACUCACGAGAGAAUUUCCAAGCUUGAGGAGGCCAAGGAACAUUGGAUGCUAGAGUCUCAACUGCUGCAGGUCAAAUAUGAAAAGGAAGCUAAGUUUUCCUUUUUUCAGGGAGAAGAGGAAGAAACCAGAGAAACACUGAUCAAAAAUCAUUUUACGCAGAGAAUAGCUGAACUCACUUCACAGGUUCAAUUUACCGAGAGCAAGACGGUAUCAAUUACUGCAGAGUGUCGCGCUCUGUACCGACGAAUGAAACAGUCCGAGAAGGCGAAACAAGAACUGGCGAAAAAUCUCAAGACUGCAAACUCCAAAGUCAGCCAACUGGAGGACGAGGCGGAGACUAUCAAGCGAAGCUACGAAACACAGUUGUCAAUGAUGAGCGACCAUUUGUGUGGAAUGAACGAAAAAUUAACUUCACAGCAGGACGAAAUUGAGGUGCUGAAGAGCGGCAAGCUUAAAAAGGGAAAACUGCGGUGACGAAAAGAAAUUUUUAUAACAAAUUAAGACAAUUAUAAUAUGAAGAUGAAAAUAUAGCGAAAAUGUUAUUAUGGGUAAAAGAGAUAACAGAAAGAACUUAGAGAACGGAAUGCUAGUUUUUAAUAUGCAAAAUGUUCUUUUGAUACUCGCUUUUUUUACUGCGUUUUCUUCCAGUCGUUUUACGCUGAACAGAAAUCUUAUGACUAGUUCCUUCGGGUUGUGUUUGCCACCCUUUACAAACAAAAGUACCUCGCUGAAAAAGCGGUUUUUAAAUUACUGUCUACACUUGCCACGCUUCUACUUUGCGUUUUGCCAAGCUUUUGAUUGGCUCGAGAAACCCGUGCAUCUUUCAGCGCGCACUAGCCAAUCGGAGCAUAAGUGUUUUCUUGUAAGAGCCAAUCAGAUACCGACGAGCGCGGUACGCGGCGCGAUGUUUCCCGCGCUUGCCGCCAAUGAACAUGAAUUUGCGACAGUAAUUUGAAAACUGCUCUGUCAGCUGGAAAUGGGUGAGAACCGAUGUCACGCAACUCUUUCCGUAGAUUAAGUCCAUCGCCCAAGCCUUUCUCUUUGGCGAACGGCCGACAUUCACAAUCUCAACCUCGAGUCCCGCAGACGCUUAACAUCCAGUUCAAAAGAAACCAAUUUCCCCUCGUUUUACUGAUCGUUUUUUCAGCCGUCAUUUGAAAGUUAUACAAUGCUUCUGAAGGGAAGUAACGCAAAGCUUUGGCAAAGAACGGUUACGCGAACGAACCAAAGGAAAGGGCUUAUUUGUGUUGCGGAAACUGUUUUCGCACUUUAAGGAAGGAGGUUGGUUUUAAAACUUGAAACUUGCGACUUGAAACGAAAUGCCUUCUUUAGUUUUGGGUUGAAGGUUCUGUCCUUGUGUACCAGAAUACAAGAAUUACUGAAUACAAAAGACCAAACCUAAAGGCCAUAGCUAAACCAUUACUCCUGAACAAGAAAAAUAGGAUAGUUAAUCUCUUUUGUGCCGGUACACGAGGACAGAACCUUGUUAAGUUACAGUCAUCGAAGAUGGAGCAUUUUACGGGGUAAGGAAAGUUUUCAUGCACGAAAAAGAUUAAAGUGUUUCUUCCUUAUUAGACUUACGUUUACAUUCGCCUUCCCAGAUGACAAC